AUGGAUCCCCGAUUCUUUGGCCAAAGCGAGAGUGGGGAUUGGAUGCUGGGAGUGCCUAGGGAUAUUUGUUUCGACUUCGCGACUUCUACUACGGAUAAUAAUUCGGCCCCUGAAAUGGAACCGGAGAUAGCACUCUUUUGCAACCCUGAAGAUGACUGUAUCGUUCCGCCACCCGGAACUCACGAAAACCCAAUGGAAUUUGCCAGCUUCGACGAGCAUGUCAAUUCAUACACGACCGACCUUGAACCUGUUUUAAGUCCGGAUUUGCUCGACCAAACCCAGUCUCUAUAG